AUGGAUCUUCCUUUAUCUACUAUAGAGGCUAUAGAGGAUAGUCUCAAGUAUUACAAUAAGGUUCAGUUCAGCGGGUUGAUCGUAGGUAAGAAUGGACGCUUAUUGGGUAGUUGGACUAAUAAUGAUGUGAAUAUUGAGAAAGAGUAUUGUGAGGAUAUUUUAAAGAUAAUCGAGCCCAAAGAACAGCAAAUCAUUCGUAUGAAGUAUUUAGAGGACGAUAUGAUGGCAAUGGCUCGAAAUGGGUUCACUUUUAUCUUUAAAAAAUGA